AUGACAACGGAAAGAAAAUCCCACAGAAAAAAACAAGACAAACUUGCAGAAAAGGGCAUAAAGUCUGUUGUUUCCAUUCCAUCUAAGAAACCAGUAGCUAAAAGGCAGCUACAGCUAUGCGAUAAUCCCUCUGAUAGUUCUUCACCCAGUCAUCAUUCCUCUGAUAGUUCUCCCCCCGGUCAUCACUCCUCUAAUGAUUACCCAGGCAGUCCUGAUUUGUUUAUCGAUUCCUCGCACAGUCAUCCUACUGAUGAGAUCCCAGAUGAGCACCCAGAUGUUAGAGCAGAACCUCCACAAGAGCUGGCUGUGCCAAAAGAAAUUCAAAUUGCUUUUGCAAUUGAGCUUGCAAUAGUUGAAAUCCAACCACUUCUUGGUCGGUUUCUGGACCACUUGUUAUCAAUGGAAGGAGGUUGCUGGGGGCCAAAACCAUCAAAAGAAGCCCAGUGGCGAGUUGGCCGACUUCUUUACGAAGUCGAUGAAACAUUACCUAAUGUUAAUCUGUUGUGGAAUGACGAUGCCAUGGUACACAUACGCCAUACCUUCAUUGAAGUCAAUCACCUUUCAACAAAGCCUAGGAAAGUAGGCACCUUAUGAGCUUAUCUCACUGUUUUGUUAAUGUUUUACAACUUUUGUUGACCUGAGCAUCAAGUUUGGCAAACAAGUUUGGUUUGCAGCAAAACGAUUUUAGUUUAAUAAAAGAAUUUCAAGGCAGAGUGUCGAACUGGAUGAGGUCAUUCACUGAAGAAUCAGCUAGAAGGAAAACCGAAGUUUUUCAAUCACUUUUGACAAGCUCCCAAAUGUGGAACUUGUUCAAUUCACCUCUUCACAACGAAUUUGAGGAACGAUUUGAGAAACUGGAUGAUCCAGAGAAUGAGUUUGUUGGGCUUCGUGGUUACUUGAUAACGAUGCUACUUCUACAAAGUGCUCAACGUCCUGGGGCUGUUUGUAACUUGACUAUUAAUGAAUUCCAAGCCGGAAAAUGGGAUGAGAGCACAAGCGUAAAACAGUUUGUCACAUUAACAAAAUGCCACAAGAUGGCAGGUGUGUUUUGUACCAUGAUACAAUGCAAGGCCUUUGCUCGGAAUAUUUAAUUUUUCAGGUACAAUCAGUGACAAAAUAGGUGGACCACUUAGGCAGAAAGUCCCAUCCCCCUGUUCAAUAUUGUGAGACUAAAAUUAACAUUUUGUCGACCAGCUUUCAUGCCCUAGUGUGUUGUUGACAAAUCUACAUCACCUAUAGCAACAUUCAAAUGGGGGGACAUGGGUUUAAAUGUUAAUUUGUGCAUUAUUUUUCACAAAAUUAAAGGGAUAUGGAAAUAAAAAUUAACUUUGUCUCAUUUGGAAGAAUUUUUAAAGUUAUACAUGACCCUUUACAACCUUUUCUUUCUUUGCUUGGUUUUAAAUAUUUUGACCAAAAACAGUGUGCAGUCCACCAUCUUGGUAUUGUAAUUGACCUAAUUAACUGAAUUUUUUUAUGAUGUCAAAAGCAGAGUAAACUUAUUAAAGCUUCUUCAUGCGAGACUAAAUUUCUUCGAACAAUUUCUUAAAAUGUUGUGAGUUAACUGAGUACUAAAUGACUUCGGAAAAUCGAGUUUUAUAUUGAUAAUUACAAGUAGUUGGCAAAAUAUUCUUUCAAAUAAGACAAACUUAAUUUAUAUUGCCAUAUCCCUUUAACAUUCCAAUUCAAGUGUCUCAGCUUUCAUCGUCACCAAUUGUAGUUGUAAUUCCUUCCCACUGCAGCAAGUUAUUCAAAUUUAAAUACAACAACCAUCUGCAACCAAUCCUUGAAUGGAAGUAUCUGCAUGGACUUUUGAGCUGAUCUUAUUCAUAUUGUAAUAUGUAUUUUUGUUGCUGUAGGUCCUGCCAGAGCAUCGAAUUUUCUUCGCUAUGUUGUCACAACAACCCCUGAAAAAG